CAAUUAUGCAUCUGAAGAAUGUCUUCCAAGCAGGCUACCUCUCCAUUUGCAUGUGCAGCUGAUGGGGAGGAAACAAUGACCCAGGACUUAGCAUCACGAGACAAGGAAGAGGGCAACAGUGAUCAACAUGCACCCUCUCAUCUGCCUCUACAUAAUGUAAUGCACAACAAACCUCACUCUGAGGAGCUACCGACUCUAGUCACAACCAUCCAACAAGAUGCUGAAUGGGAUGGGGUCAUCUCAGCCCAACACAGAAUGGAGUCAGAGAGUAAUAAGUUAUGUUCCCUAUAUUCCUUCCGAAAUACCUCUACCUCACCACACAAGCCCGACGAAGGAGGUCGUGAGCGCAGUGAGCUAAUGACCAGUGUUAACUUCGGAACGCCCGAACGCCGCAAAGGAAGCCUUGCUGAUGUGGUGGACACACUGAAGCAGAAGAAACUAGAAGAAAUGACCCGGACCGAGCAAGAAGAUUCGUCCUGCAUGGAAAAGCUACUUUCUAAAGACUGGAAGGAGAAGAUGGAAAAAUUAAACACAAGUGAUCUCCUUGGAGAAAUUAAAGGUACCCCGGAAAGCCUGGCAGAGAAAGAGCGACAGCUCUCUACCAUGAUCACCCAGCUGAUCAGCUUAAGGGAGCAGCUCCUGGCUGCCCACGACGAGCAGAAAAAGCUGGCAGCUUCACAAAUUGAAAAACAACGGCAGCAAAUGGACCUUGCUCGCCAACAGCAAGAGCAGAUUGCAAGACAACAGCAGCAACUUCUGCAACAGCAGCACAAAAUCAAUCUACUGCAGCAACAAAUUCAGCAGGUUCAGGGUCACAUGCCUCCGCUCAUGAUCCCAAUUUUUCCACACGACCAGCGGACGUUGGCAGCGGCUGCUGCAGCCCAGCAGGGAUUCCUCUUCCCCCCAGGAAUAACUUACAAGCCAGGUGAGAACUACCCGGUGCAGUUCAUUCCCUCCACGAUGGCAGCUGCUGCUGCUUCUGGACUCAGCCCUCUGCAGCUCCAGCAACUGUACGCAGCUCAGCUGGCUAGCAUGCAAGUUUCUCCUGGAGCCAAGAUGCCGUCUACUCCACAGCCACCAAAUACCACAGGGGCACUCUCACCCACUGGCAUGAAGAAUGAGAAGAGAGGGACCAGCCCCGUAACUCAAGUUAAGGAUGAAGCAGCCCAGCCACUGAAUCUUUCAGCCCGACCCAAAACAGCUGAACCUGUCAAAUCCCCAACAUCUCCAACACAGAACCUMUUUCCAGCCAGCAAAAGCAGUCCGGUGACUGUGACAAGCAAGAGUGGCAUCCCCAGUCCCCUCAGUGGAACCCUGGGAAGAGGAUCCUCUCUAGAUAUCCUUUCCAGUCUUAACUCACCUGCCCUAUUUGGGGACCAGGACACAGUAAUGAAAGCCAUUCAGGAGGCUCGAAAAAUGAGAGAACAGAUCCAAAGGGAGCAGCAGCAGCAGCAGCCACAUGGUGUUGAUGGAAAAUUGCCCUCCAUGAAUAACAUGGGUCUAAACAACUGCAGGAAUGAAAAGGAAAGAUCAAGGUUUGAAAAUUUAGGCCCGCAGUUAACAGGGAAACCCAGCGAAGAUGGAAAACUGGGCCCUGGUGUCAUUGAUCUUACAAGGCCGGAAGAUGCAGAAGGAAGUAAAGCAAUGAAUGGCUCUGCAGCCAAACUACAGCAGUAUUAUUGUUGGCCAACAGGAGGUGCCACUGUGGCUGAAGCUCGGGUCUACAGGGACUCGCGGGGCCGAGCCAGCAGCGAACCGCACAUCAAGCGGCCAAUGAACGCGUUCAUGGUUUGGGCAAAGGACGAGCGUCGAAAAAUUCUCCAAGCUUUCCCUGACAUGCAUAACUCCAACAUUAGCAAAAUCCUAGGAUCUCGCUGGAAGUCCAUGUCGAAUCAAGAGAAACAACCUUACUAUGAAGAGCAGGCACGRCUAAGUAAAAUCCAUCUAGAAAAGUACCCAAAUUACAAAUAUAAACCCCGACCAAAACGUACCUGCAUUGUCGAUGGAAAGAAAUUGCGCAUUGGUGAAUACAAACAACUGAUGAGGUCUCGAAGACAGGAGAUGAGGCAGUUUUUUACCGUAGGACAACAGCCUCAAAUUCCAAUCACCACAGGAACGGGUGUUGUCUACCCUGGUGCUAUUACCAUGGCAACUACCACGCCGUCACCUCAGAUGACAUCCGACUGCUCUAGCACCUCUGCCAGCCCUGAGCCCAGCAUCCCUGUCAUUCAGAGCACUUACGGUAUGAAGACGGACAGCGGAAGCCUUGCUGGAAAUGAAAUGAUAAACGGAGAGGAUGAAAUAGAAAUGUACGAGGACUAUGAGGAUGAUCCCAAAUCAGACUAUAGCAGUGAAAACGAAGCCCAUGAGGCAGUCAGUGCCAACUGAGGAGUGUUCACAGAAUUAAAUACUCAGACUCAUUUGUUUUUUUGGGUUUUUUUUUUGAACAAAAAGUUCUUAAAGAGCCUGCAUGCAUGUGUGGCUCCUACAGUUACAUCAGCAGAAUGGUCUUAAAUGUUUCUUAAAGUGUGAGACAGAUUGUUUCCCUAAUUUUUCAUGAACUUGGGUUUUUGUUUUUGUUUUUUUUUUAAUUUAGAUGAAGACAUAUAUUAAAUAUCAGACAUCAGACUUGAAAACUUAUAUGAAUCAAUAGCUGUCUUACAAGUCUUACCUUUUGUCUUUUUCCUUUUGGAUGCUGAUAAAGGUUUAAGUUACUGUUCUAGAUGGGGGUUUUACAUUCUCACUCAGGUAUGCUGUGCCAGCCUACAGGUUGUG